UCUCUUGCGCAUCAUCUCUGGCUUUUAGCUAUAUUUCAUGGGUGACUUUCAUCUUUCUGCUUGCAGCUCACUAGACUCUGCUAGAGUGUAUCAGGGAACCUUCUAGCACAUUAAAAUAUCCCAGCUUUGUCUUAUUUUGAAUUUAUUGACAAUCUAUGAACAGAAAUGAGUCUUCAGUUGUCGUUGCUGGCAAUGAGUGCUGCUCUCCUGCAAGGCUGCUGUUUUACUUCCUUCUCCUAUUUUGGUUCCUCAUUUGGUUUGGAAACUUCAUUGGUUGGUGACACAAUACAGGUAUAUGUGUAUUACAGAGGAAUCAGCCUUCCAUGCUCCCAGAGCCUAGAUCAAAUUUGUGUUGCUUUAAAUUGCACUAAAUCGAGAACGCAAAUAGUGGGAGACAACAACCACACUGCGGCUUGGUGUUUGCUCGAUGGAGAGAUUAUAUUCCACCACAACAACACAAGUCUGUUUUAUAUAAGCCCAUCUGGUUGUUGUUGGUCAUCAUUAGUGGGAUCUCAAAGGGAAGCAGAAAAUCUUCCAUUUACUUUCUCCUUAUUGGCAGAUUUGAGAAAUCGUUCAGACAAUGUCGCAAUCAAUGCACCUCCUCAACCACCUCUACUACCUGUCUUAAGGGUGCCUCAGAAUUGCACUGCCAAGUAUAACCUUACCAUAUAUGAGAAGGAUGGAGAUAUUCUGAGAUGUCGUUAUGGACAAACAGCAAGACAUGAAUGUGCUCACUGUACCCAGCUACCAUUCUUCAAAUUAGACCAGGAAAACUGUAUCCUUCAUUACAAUGGCCGCGGGAUAUAUGGGACGUACAGCGUAGAACUGGUAAUUGAAGACUAUCCAAGAGAAGCCACUGUCCUGACACACAGUGAUGACACACAGACCCUGCACUCUGCUUUUGAAGACACUUCAUCCACAGCAUUCAAUCAAAGCACUAAAGCCCUUAGCUCCAUUCCGAUGCAAUUUGUGAUCAUUGUGGACAGACCUUUAUCACAAUGUGCAGUUGGAAUAUUCCGGCCUGUGUUUGUUCAUCCAACACCUCCAAAUGGAGCAAGAAUACCUGCUUCACUUUAUGAUGAGAUUACUUUCACAAUAAGUGCCAUCAGUCUAAAUGAAAGAAUCACAGGCUUUACAAUAGUGGGUCCCCAUGGAUUACACAAAUCAGAGAUUUGGAGAGUCAACGGUGACAAAUCUGUAUCGACAAAUGUUUCUUGGUCAGUGGGAGUUCAUGAUGCUCCAAAACAAGUUGCAGUGUGCUUUGUCUCAAUAACUUCAUCAGGGCUACAGUCAGAACCACAGUGCAUUUGGAUUGUCCUAAGCACAGGCCUACAUGAUGAACCGUCACUAGUUGGCCCAGAUCUCCAGUGUUCAACAAAUGCAAUGUUUCUAACUGUUCCAAGAAGUUUGGUAGCCAACUUGUCAGAGAGUAACCUACAGCUCAAUGAUGCAUCUUGUAACAUCACUGGUAAUACUACUCACCUCCUGGUGAAAAUCCCGCUUUCUGGAUGUGGUACUAAAUUACUGGAAGAUGAAUCUCACGAUAUCUUCACAAAUAAAAUCAUCAGCCGGAACAGAAAUACAACAUUGGCAGAGAGAGAACAGGUGGCCAUCCCAGUGACAUGUAAAUUCCAGCGAUUAAAUAAUGGCAGUAAAGAAACCAACUUAUUGAAGAGUACCACAGAGAAGAUAUUUGGAGACUACAGCUUUGAGAUACAGUUCAGUAAGCAGUACAACUCCAGCAGGAGAAAAGCCAAGGUGCACGCUCCAUUUAAUGCUACCAACAAGGACCUUUUAUACAUAAGUAUCAUUGUCAAGAGCAAUGUCACUACCCUCUCACUCUAUGUAGAAUCUUGCCAGAUGUCAGAAUAUAACACUUCAGCAGGAAUUACACUUUUACAGCAAGGCUGCUUAAAUAACAGUACAACAAAGGAACAUCAAACUGGAAACAGUAAAGAAAAAGUAUACUCCAUCAAACUGUCUUCUUUACCACAUCACCCCACACAGGUGUUUGUUACUUGUAAUGUCCAGUUAUGCACCAAUGCGUAUAAUUCCACAUCAUGUAGCCUGGGAUGUGGUUCUGACAACAGUUCACAAAUGGAACAUUCGGACAUGCAGCAAGUCAGUGCAGGACCCAUUCACAUCAAAAAGGAGACUGACUCUGAUGAAGGAGUGCGUGCACAGAACAUGAGACUAAAUGGUUGUAUUUAUUCACUGGAUAUGGCUGUCACAGAUUCGAUGAGAAGCUGUACUAUGGAAACAAUAGGUUUGAGGGGCUGAAGUCUUUCCUCUAUUAAUUUUAUUAAUGUACCAUAUUGUCUUCCUGAUCCGCUGAAGAACUCUCUCCUUCUAGUUACAUCAAAACGUAUGUUGAAAACUGGAAAUAUUGGAACAUGCUAUUGAAGGAGAUAGAAUCACAUCCAAAGUUUAGAAAGUUGCAGAAUUUGGAGUGGAAAUUUCCCUUUUUCCUAAAAUAUGGGAAUGCGUGUAUUAGGUAGUGACUAAUAAUUCAUACUUACCUCUGAGAACAUUUGCUAAACAACCACCUCUCAGCUCACUAAGAACCAACGCACAGAAUGUAACCGAGUUCCUCAGUGAAUUACAGUCCUUGACACUGGCAUCCUGGUCACCACAAGCUGCCGCCAGCAGCUUCAAGGACAAAGUUCCACUGAAUGAAGCCUACUCAUGGGAUGGGAGUCAUAGGAAAAGUUGAGUUAGAACCAUAGGGAUGGAUUGACUUUCAGAGGCUAGAUAGUUUGGGUUGGCCACAUUCUAAAACAUGAGAAUGUUCUGAAGGAGUUGAGUGAAGGAGGUUUAAGAGAGAUGUGGACCAAGAAGACUAAAAAAAAGUGAUGAUACCCAAAAACUUGACAAUGGAAGACUCUUAGGAUCAAAUGAAAAUAAGAAGCUGUGAGACAUGUAAAAAAAAGAUCAGAGGACCUGCACUGAGGCAAAGCAGUGAGAGUGACCAUCUUCAACUAAGUUUUAAAAUACAGCAAUUAAUUGAUUGUAAUGCAUUGCAUGAAAGCAUUGCUAUGGCCCAUUAAAGAUGUUUUACAGUUUAUGUUUCUCAUUUACUUUUUUUUGU